AUGACAUUAUAUCGUCCCGGCACACUACUUCCCACGUCAGGACAAAAUUUUUGUAUGCUGCCAGUUACCGGUUCCCAGCAGAAUCCUAUUUCAUUUCACACUCCUCAAAACUCGUUCAUGAAUGCAGAAGCCCAACAAGUUGAAGGACAGCCCACAUGUUAUAAUACUUCUCUUAGAAAUCGUCCAACAACAUUAGUUUUGCCUGAUGCAACGCUCCAGGUAGUACCACAUGUAAAUAUCAUAGAGCGUUAUCGUGCCUUGAACAUUGUAUCGAUAAGGGAAGCUUGUCAUCAGCGAAGGUACUGUUUGAUCGCGCAUCGUAAACGAGUGCAGCCAAUUUUUUGCAAAUUGCAUGCGGGUUUGCAAUUUAUUGGACAGAGCUGGACAGCAGCACUACGUAUCGCGGACGAAACUUGCGAUGCACUUGAUUGUUUAGUGGAUAACAAUGCGAUAAGUGAUUUGAUCGGUUUCACACCACAGGAAGCACAGCAAGCGGCAGCAAUCAACGAUCGCGUUCGCGUAGCAUACUAUAAAGGGCGUGCUCAAGCGAUGCUUGAAACAUUCAAACGGUUGGAUCUAGUGCUAACGAUUGAAUUCUCAUCAUCAUCAGAUGUUUUACCACUCAUCGUCGAUAUCACCAAUCUUUCAACAGCACUUGGCUUAUGCUAA